AUGAUACGUGGUACCACUCCUCUGAAGGCUGGUAGACCCCAGGUCAACCCCUUCAAGAAAUACCUUGCGACUUUGAAGGCAGAUGGAGGUGAGGCACAGUACUACAAGCUGCAUGAGAUCGAUUCGAAAUACGACACUCUACCUUUCUCCAUUCGUGUUCUCCUUGAAUCAGCUGUUCGAAACUGCGACGAAUUCGAUGUCACUUCAAAGACUGUGGAGAAUAUCCUUAACUGGAAGGAGAAUUGCCAUAAAAACAUCGAAAUCCCCUUCAAACCCGCUCGCGUUGUGCUACAGGAUUUCACUGGUGUGCCAUGUGUGGUCGAUUUGGCUGCAAUGCGGGAUGCGACGAAGCGUCUGGGCGGAAACCCCGAGAGUAUCAACCCUCAAAUCCCAGUGGAACUCGUCGUUGAUCACUCUGUUCAAGUGGACAAGUACGGUACCGCAACAGCGGCAAAACAGAACCAGGAUAUUGAGAUGCAUCGCAACCGCGAGCGUUUCGAGUUCCUCAAGUGGGGUUCAAAAGCUUUUGACAACCUGCUGAUUGUUCCCCCUGGCUCCGGCAUUGUUCACCAGGUCAACCUGGAAUACCUCGCCCGUGUUGUGUUCAACAAUAAGGGCAUUCUUUACCCCGACUCUGUUGUCGGUACGGACUCACACACAACGAUGGUGAACGGCGUUGGUGUGAUUGGCUGGGGUGUUGGUGGCAUUGAGGCAGAAGCAGGUAUGCUGGGCCAAUCGUUGUCGAUGGUGCUGCCGCAGGUUGUGGGCUACCGUUUCACUGGAAAGUUGUCAGAGGGAUGCACGGCAACUGAUCUUGUGCUUGCUGUCGUGAAGAAUCUGCGUAAGCUUGGUGUCGUGGGUAAGUUCGUGGAGUUCUACGGCCCUGGUGUCAGCAGCCUUUCUCUGCCAGACCGCGCGACGCUGGCGAACAUGGCGCCGGAAUACGGUGCCACCACCGGUUUCUUCCCGAUUGAUGAGGAGACAAUCAACUACCUCCGUUGCACAAGCCGCACCGCAGAGCACCUUUCGCGCAUUGAAGACUACGCCAAGGCUGUUAAGAUGUUCCGUACUGGAAGCGAGCAGAUCGAGUACUCCCAGAACUUGGAAUUAGAUCUCUCCACAGUUGAGCCAGCCGUUGCUGGCCCAAAGCGCCCACAUGACCACGUGCCGCUAAAGAAUAUGAAAGCAGACUUCAACGCCUGUCUUGGUGCCAAGACUGGCUUCAAGGGGUUCGGAAUUCCUCCUGGCGAACACGACAAGGUGAAGCAUUACACUAUCAAUGGUCAGGAGGCGGAGAUGCGGCAUGGAAGUGUUGUGAUUGCCGCUAUCACAUCUUGCACCAACACGUCUAACCCCAACGUCCUCGUUGCAGCAGGUCUCCUUGCAAAGAAGGCGAUUGAAAAGGGACUGAAGGUGCCACCGGGUGUCAAAACCUCCCUGUCGCCCGGUUCGCAUGUGGUGACAAAGUACCUUGAAGCCUCUGGUUUGCAGGCGUCCCUGGAUACACUGGGUUUCAACACAACUGGAUACGGAUGUAUGACUUGUAUUGGUAAUUCUGGUGAUAUUGACCCAGCAGUGUCAAAAUGCAUCACCGACAACAACUUUGUUGCGGCUGCAGUACUCUCUGGAAACCGAAACUUUGAAGCCCGUGUUCACCCGUUGACAGCCGCAAACUUUCUUGCGUCGCCGCCGCUUGUCGUGGCGUACGCUCUGGUUGGGCGUGUCAAUAUUGAUUUCGACACCGAGCCCAUCGCAAGCGGCGUGUACCUUCGCGACAUCUGGCCCACCAACGAAGAGGUGGCAGCGGUGGUGAAGCAAUACGUCACACCAGAUCUCUUCAAGUCAGUGUACCAGAGUAUUACAACGCUCAACGAGCAAUGGAAUAACCUUCAAGUGAAAGAGGGAAAACUAUAUGAGUGGCAAGCAAAGUCUACCUACAUACAUCAUCCUCCAUACUUUGAGUCCAUGGGUAUGGAAGUAAAACCGGCCAAUGUAAUAGAAAAUGCGGCCUGCCUUGCCCUCUUUGGUGACUCAAUCACAACUGACCAUAUAUCCCCCGCAGGGAACAUUGCCAAGGAAUCUCCUGCUGCCAAGUAUCUGCAAGAGCACGGGGUUGAACGAAAAGACUUUAACACAUAUGGUUCACGUCGUGGUAACGACCUUGUGAUGGUGCGGGGUACAUUUGCAAACACGCGUCUUGGCAACAAGCUUGUCGGUGAGGGUCAGACUGGUCCAUUUACCGUAUAUUGGCCAACCAAUGAGAAAAUGUAUAUUUUUGAUGCUGCUAUGAAGUACCAGACCGAUAACAUUCCACUUGUCAUCCUUGCUGGAAAGGAGUACGGCAGUGGUUCCUCGCGUGACUGGGCUGCCAAGGGGCCCUUCCUGCAGGGCAUCAAGGUGGUCAUUGCAGAGAGCUUCGAGCGUAUUCACCGCUCCAAUCUUGUCGGCAUGGGAAUCGUUCCGCUGCAGUUUAAGCCAGGUGAGACUGCGCAGUCUCUCGGCCUCACGGGCAAAGAAAAGUUCAGCUUCGACUUCUCCACUGGCAUGCGCCCUGGCCAGGAGGUGACCGUGCAGAAGAACGACGGCACCUCGUUCAAGGCCAUCCUCCGGAUUGAUACGGAAAUGGAGGUGAAAUACGUGGAGAACGGUGGCAUUUUGCAAUACGUUCUCCGGGAGAAGAUUCGUGGCGCCUUGUAA